GUCAGUGAGGCAGAUUUGAUUGGCCAGUGACUGUGACUGUUUCCUGAUGCACUCUCAGUGCUGAGUCCGGAUCUCCCUCUCUCCAGGUGCUGGUCGUUUUACAGAUGUGAGAUAGCACACAUACUGUAGCCAUGGAAGACAUUGACACACAGAGUGUCGAAGAGGAAACUGAUUUUGAAGGAUCAGCUACAAACACAGGACCUAAAGGUGUCAUACAUGACUGGAGAAAGUUCAAGCUAGUCAGUGAAGACCAAGAAGCACUAGCUGCGAGCAAAAAGGAAAUCAUCCGGCAAAUGUCUUCCCCGUACAAAUCAAUAAGCAAAGAGGAAAAGGACACAAGAGAAAAAUUCACCCGUAAGAUGAGCAUGCAAGAAUAUGAACUAAUCCAUGACAAGGAGGAUGAAAAUUGUCUGCAAAAAUACCGUAAACAGAGUAUGCAGGACAUGCACCAGAGGUUGAGUUUUGGUCCUAAAUAUGGGUACCUGUGUGAGCUCAAAAGUGGGGAUGAAUUUUUAGAAGCAAUAGAGAAGGAACGAAAGAUCACUACAGUUAUUGUUCAUAUUUUUGCUGAUGAGAUCAAAGCUUGCGAGGCACUAAAUAAUUGUUUAACUUGUCUUGCUUUAGAGUAUCCAUCAGUCAAGUUCUGCAAAAUUAAGUCAGCAGACACAGGAGCAGGGGAACGGUUCUCUAGAGAUGUUCUCCCAACCAUAUUGGUCUAUAAGGCAGGUGAACUCAUUAGCAAUUUCAUCAAUGUUACUGAGAAUUUAAAUGAAGAGUUCUUUGCUGGGGAUGUGGAGUCCUUUUUUAAUGAAUAUGGGCUUUUACCUGAGAGAGAAGUCCAGGGCAUAGCAUGUGAUGACGGAGAAGGGGAUAUUGAAUAGUGUAAAACUGUAGAACCAUUAACAGUAACAUACCUUAAUAUUAUUAGGAAUUUUUAUUAAAUGUAUUUUGCUCACUGGAGUACCAUAGAGUGGUCUGAAGCAUGUUUAUGGUUAUGUUAACCAGAGUAAACAGGCUUCUCAGAUAGAGCUACAUUUUACUGUAAGGAUUAGGCUCAGUGAUUAAAGAAAGUGAACAUUUUAGAAUCAUGUAUGUACGUUUGUUCGUAUGUAUCUAUAUAUCCAGCAUGGUCAAAAUGUAAUAGCAUUCUGUUAUUGUGAUGUAUAACAUCUAGUAUAUCUUUUUCUCCAUGACUUUCUAAAUAUGUUUCAUUAAUUUGCAUAUCAUUACUAUGAACUUUGUCAUUACUAAAGAUGUCAUAGAGUUUAGUUACUAAGUUCCGUGGAAUAUUUUUGGUCACAAUGUGAUCUACCGGUAUAAUGAGCGCAUUACGCAAAAACUGCAUGGGAAAAAAAAUAACAUAAGUUUUCUAAUAAAGAGUACAAGUUUUACAGCAUAACUACUAUCAGAUUUUGUUACUGUACUCUUGUUAGGUCUCAGGCUUUACACAGAUAAUCAUUAGCUUACUAUUGACAAGGAAUCUGCAAAUAAUGAAAAACUAUAAGAAAUGUACUUUUUUUUAUAAAUAUUGCUAUGAGUACAACAUAUAACAAUGUGUUCUUACAUCUAAAAUAGAACAUAUCAAAAUUAUAAAAAAUAAAAAAGGGGUUAAAUGUCAUGAUUUUCCAGUAAGAUUAACAUUUCAUGGACAUACCAUUUGUGGCCAUUUACAGAUUCAAAUCUCAGCAGCUGUGGGUGCAGGUGACAUACUCGUUGCCCUAAUGAAGCAACAGGCAGGAUUUGGCAGGCACUGUAAAGGUGUGUACACACGGUGAGAUAUUUUUUUGCGAUUUUGACUAGAUAGUCAAAAUCGCAAAGAAAGUUAAUGCAGAUCGCAAGGUGAAAGUCACCUUGCGAUCCCGAUGCGCGGUCCCGCCAGGUCGGUAUCGCAAGCCCAGAUAAUAUACAGGCAAGUAAAUUUUGACUAUCUAGUAUAAAAGAUAAUCAAAACUGACACUUAGCCAAAAUCGUACAAAGCCAGUAUCACAAGCACAGUUAUCAUUGCUUGUGAUACCGACCUAGAGGGUAAUUCAGACCUGAUCGCUCGCUAGCUGUUUUUUGCAGUUCUGCGUUCGCAUAGUCGCCGCCCACUGGGGAGUGUAUUUUAGCUGUGCAAGUGUUCGAUCGCAUGUGUAGCCGAGCGGCAUAGAAAAACUUUGUGCAGUUUCUGAGUUGCCCAUGACUUACUCAGCCGCUGCGAUCACUUCAGCCUGUCCAGGGCCAGAAUUUACGUCAGACACACACCCUGCAAACGCUUGGACAUGCCUGCGUUUUUCCAACCACUCCCUGAAAACGGUCAAUUGACACCCACAAACAGCUUCUUCUUGUCAAUCUCCUUACGAUCGGCUGUUCGAAUGGAUUCUUCGUAAAACCCAUCGCACAGUAACGAUCCGCUUUGUACCCGUGCAAUACUGCUACGCAUUGCGGUGCAUACGCAUGCGCAGUUCUGACCUGAUUGCAGCGCUGCAAAAAACGCUAGCGAGCGAUCAGGUCUGAAUUACCCCCCUAGUCCCUAUCGCAUAGUGAGAAUUGGGGUUUAGCCCAAAUCUCACCAUGUGUACACACCUUUAGACAGACACCAAUAGAUAGUGAUGCUUGAUGCAAGCCAAUGACUGCAUAUAGAUAAAGGGCUACUUAGAAAAAUUACCCAAUAGGUAUUUUAAAUUGAAAUAUGAUAUUCAACUUGAUUGUAAAAUGAUUAAAUCUGAAAGCAAUUUGUCCACACAUUGAACAUCAGGGCCGUAACUAGGUGUGUGCAGAAGCGGCAUCGCACAUAGCGCUGCAGGGUAGGGGGUGCUGUUGGCGGCACUUGUCAAUUAGCUGUUUUAAUUGCUUCCACUUGCAGCUUACCCCUUUUUUGAAGCCCUGCAUCUCCAACCGCCACUGUCUCCUACCCUGAGCCCUUCUGUUGCUAAUACCUAUACAACAUUCAUGAACUCAACUUGAGAUUUCUUUGUUAUUCAGUCACACUGUCCUUUAUUACAUUCCAAGAUGCUAACAUACCUGGGAUUCGAAUCCAUUGCCUGUGGCAUUGCAGUCAGACAAAAUAUUCAUUGAGCUAUCUGCCCUUGACUAGAAAGCUAGAGAAUUCUAAGCUAGAGAAUGCUCACUAUUUGAAGCUUACCUUGUACUUUGUGAAAAAAUGAUCAGCAAAAAGUCUAGUUACAGCUCUGUUGAACAUAACCACUCUUUCAGGUGCAGAGGAAAUAAGGAUUUAAAUGUGAAUCUGGCAAUUGCUUUUGCUGUCCACAUGUAUUGUCUUGAUCCCAAGGAAAGAACUCUAAUGAUAUACUAGUACAUUAAAAGGGGAUACAGGGGGUGAUCCAGUGAGCUGAGACUUGUCAAGAUCAGAUUUUCAGCAAUAUUUGCUGUAUGAUUUAAAUCUGGAAUUUUUUUUUAAAGAAAAGACCUAGCAUUUUGUGCUGCAAAAAUUAAGCACACUUAUGAUAUUAGUAUCAUGUUACACUAAACCUUUGAAAUUUUAAUUUAUUAUGAGACACCUAUUCAUACGGGUUGGGGCUGCGUUAUUGGUUGCCAGGAUCCCAAUGGUCAGCAUCCUGAUGCUAGGAUCCCGGCAGCAGAAUGCCGGUGGGGGGCGAGCAGAACAAAGCCCCUAGCUGGCUUGCUGCGAUCGCCGCAGACUCGGUGGCAAGUGCACUCUGUGGGUGUCGUGGACUCCUACGAGUGGGAAUAGUCCCUUCUCAUCUGUAUUUUGAGGCUUCGGGAUGCAGGGGGAGUUAUUGUGACCGUUGGUUACAUAACUAUAUCCCAUUCAGAUAUACAAUGUAAUAAGCUGAUGCACACUUAUAGUGCUAGUUUACCUCAGAUUUUGCUGAUUGUUGAUUUAAGUAUUAACUCUUCUUAAAAGAACAGAAAUGUCAGGUACAUGAACACAGAAAAAUAUGCACUGUAUCAUCAAGAAAAAAAAAUAAAAAUAUAUAUAUAUAUAUAUAUUUUUUUUUAAAGGACACAUUUAUACUGAUGGCUUCUUUUUUUGUUAAGUCUAUCAGUGAAAUAUGUGAUGGACGUUUUAUAGAGACCUGUAGUCAGCAACCUCUGAAUGUUUUUCUAUAGAUCACAUAGAGAUGUCCUGAUAUUUAAGGAAGGGAAAUAUGACAGCUAACAGUAAUGUGCAACUUUCUUUGCAGCAAAUUCAAAUAUAUUGUUUCAUUGCGUUUCAUUAGUGAGGCUAUGUCUAUCACUGGACGCUUGCUGACUUUAGAAACUCAUCAACUUUGGCUUAAUUUUCAGUUCUUAAAAUUAUUAGAAUAAAUACAUUCAUAUUAUUAUU